AUGUUUUUUGUUAGAAAGGUGCAAAAUGAAAUUCAUAAUGAGAUUGGUAAUGCAAAGUUUUGUUUGAUUGUUGAUGAAGCUAGAGAUGAAUCUAAAAGAGAACAAAUGGAACUUGUUAUUAGAUUUGUUGAUAAGCAUGGAUUUGUCAAAGAAAGGCUAAUAGAUGUUGUUCAUGUCAAAGAUAUUACUUCUGCUACUCUUAAACAAGAGAUUUGUUCUGCAUUAUCUCAUCACAAUCUCAACAUUCAAAAUGUUCGAGGUCAAGCAACAACUUCAGUUCUGGAAGAUUUGGCUACUAAUGGAUCUACAUGUUCUCAACGUGAUGAUGCUACUUAUACUCUUAAAUCUUUAUUAUCAUUUGAUUUUAUUUUCAUUUUGCACAUGAUGAAAGAAAUCAUGGGAAUCACUGAUAAACUUUGUCAAGCAUUGCAACAAAAAUCUCAAGACAUUUUGAAUGCUAUGCAUCUAAUACCUGAUAUGGGUGCUUCUUUUAGUGACAUAAUUCGGUCUCGUCGUAAAAAGGAUGUUGUCACUAUUGAACACCACUACCGUGUUGACAUUUUUACAAGCGUGAUAGAUUUUCAAUUGAAAGAGCUAAAUAGUAGAUUUAGUGAGCAAGCAACCGAGCUCCUUAUAUUGAGUACAUCUUUGGAUCCUAAAGGUGUUUUCAAGUUAUUCAGUGUUUGCAACAUAUGGCUUCUUGCAAAGAAUUUUAUUCUUUAG